UGCACAUAGUCUGUGACUGCAAUCAUCGUAAUCAUUAUCAUUAGUGUGGGUGAAGAAGUCGCGGUGAGGGUGUUUCUCGGAUGCAGCUGUUUCAGGUCCCCCCUACAUUUGCACUAGCCCCAUUCGUCACACACAAAUUAGAGCUCUUCAAUGCCGAAGCAGUGUCGCAAUCUACCAGGGCCAUAAAUAAUUUCCUAUCCGCAGAACUGUGAUUAGCAGCUUGUAACUGUUUUGCUUAUCAGCAGUGUUCUAAGCUGAGAAAGAAAAUGCCACGACUUCAUUCCGUAUACUUUCUUCUAGCUGUGGUUCUCUUGAAAACUUCCAGCCGAGCCCAUACGGAAUCCGACGAGCUCAAGCUGAAACGGGAUAACCAUCGUCCCAAGGAAAUUUCCGUUUCCGGCCUUCAGCACAUCUCUAAUCUUUCUCAGAAAAGUGGAUUGAAUGAGAUACUUAAACACCUGCUGGUGGAACGUGUCGUGGGGACUCCGGGUCACGAGAAUGUCAAGAACUACAUUGUGGACUACCUGAGGAAGUUGAACUGGCAGGUGGAUCUGGACGAGUUCGAGGAUGAAACGCCCACCUUUGGGAAGCUGAAUUUCGCCAACAUAAUCGGGACCCUGAAUCCGAAUGCCGAGCGAUUCCUAGUGCUGGCUUGCCACUACGAUAGCAAGUACUUCAAGGAUCAGGUGUUCAUCGGGGCCACGGAUUCGGCCGUUCCCUGUGCGAUGAUGCUGGACCUGGCGGAAUCGUUGAAGGCCCAGUUCAGCAAGAAGAAGCUGGACAAUUCGUUGAGCUUGCAGCUGGUAUUCUUCGAUGGGGAGGAAGCAUUCCACCAGUGGGGACCGAAGGAUUCCAUUUACGGCGCACGACACUUGGCAGCCCGGUGGGAGACGGAGGACAAACUGAAAAAGAUCGAUAUGCUGGUUCUGCUGGAUCUGCUUGGAGCUCCUGAUCCCAACUUCUACAGCUACUUCAAGAACACCGAAAGCUGGUAUGCCCAAUUGAUAUCGGCCGAGGAACGCCUGGAACGGGCAGGACAUUUAGAACGCUACUCGUACAGUAGCGUGGCCCCGAACCAGCAAACGAUUCGGUACUUCCAGCCGCAUUCCUACUAUGCCUACAUUGAGGACGACCAUAUUCCAUUCCUGCAACGGCAGGUUCAGAUCCUGCACGUGAUCCCAAGCCCAUUCCCGGACGUGUGGCACAAGCUUUCCGACGAUGCCAGCGCCGUGGACAUUAACACCGUGCAAAACCUGAUCAAGGUCUUCCGCGUGUUCCUGGUGGAGUAUUUGCACCUGUCCGUAUGACGAAGGGCCAGCGAAAGGGGGGACGAGCUUUGAUAGUUUCAUUCUGAUUCCAUUGUUCCCGUGUUAGUUCGUGUCGUUUUGCUUGGGUGAUGGGCAAAGUUUGCUUUUUACUUACUUGGUUAGUGUUAAUUUGUUUUAUGACCAUUCUUCUUUAUUAGCGACAAUUUUGUGCAAUUUGCUUUUUCCCCUGUUCAACUUACCUACUUUCAAAUGUGAUUGUGUUUAUGAAAAGAGUUUUAGCUCGAACCGAUGAGUAACUUAACUGAGGCAGCCAUAAUGCUGACGCCAUCCACAACAUAAAAAGUGAUAAUAGUAUUGUACAGUAAUAUGUAGGUAUGAUAUAGUAGCAAUUUCCUAGCACUGUGAUGAUUGUAACAUUUUAAACAUAGCAUAAAAUCAGAGAGCAUCACGUUGCAAUAAAGACAUUUGUCAUUUUGAGAUA